AUGGACGUUAUCAGGAACCCCCCUUCCGCGAACACCAUCAUGCGGCACCCAUCUGCCGAAGAUCUUGAUGCCGCACACCAGCUCGUAUCCUCUGCUCGCGGAGGGAGGGACCACAUACCUGAUUAUGCUGGUUCGGGAACCAUGGCGAGGUCAGAAGGUAGCGAGAUCGAACGUGCUCCCAGUGCAGGCAGCGCAGGGAGAGAGCAGCAAAUGUUGACCGCUCCCAGCGAUGACAAUUUAUCUGAUGCCCAGCGCCAAUCUCCAAAACCACAGGGCAAAAAUCAAAUCUUUCUGGGUAAUUCUUGCGUAAACUGUGGAACUAAAAGAACGCCGCUCUGGCGCAGAGCACCCAACGGAUCGACGAUAUGCAACGCCUGUGGUCUUUAUUUAAAAGCCCGAAAUACUGAUCGCCCUACGAACCGAAACCGUGCUCCCGCUACCGCUACCAACGGACCCAACUCUCAACUCAACGCCAACUCCAGAACCAGUUCGUCUCCAGCUGCAGAAGGGUGCCCUGGUAGACAAUCUCUAGUCUCAAGUGAUGGGAAAGAAUCAGCUGGAACAUGCCCUGGUGGUGGAAAUUGCAAUGGCACAGGAGGUGCUGUCGGCUGCGAUGGCUGCCCCGCCUACAACAAUCGUGUAUACAAAUCCACCAUACGUCCCGCCGUAAGACACGUUUCGAGGACGCCUUCGCAGAUUGCUGGCCAAGCAGGAAACAUAAACCAACAAACGAGCGACCCAGCGGAGGCGCCCGGACAAGAUCCUGGCCUGCCCACUGCCUGCCAGAAUUGCGGCACCACAAUCACUCCCUUAUGGAGGCGAGAUGACCAGGGUCAUCCCAUUUGCAAUGCUUGUGGUCUCUAUUCUCGGCUUCAUGGCAGUGCGCGACCAGUCAAUAUGAAAAAGUCGGUUAUCAAACGGAGGAAACGAGUUGUUCCCGCUCUUAGGGAUCGAUCACCAACCGCCGGCUCAUCCCACGAUUCAUCAGUCUCUCCCGAAAUGUCAACCGCCUCUUUAUCAAGUCAGUUUGAAGGAAGCAGGUUCUCACACCCUGAGCAGGCACAUCCGUUUAUCUUGGGGGAACUGUCGCCUCGAAUGCUCGCUGCAUACCAAUCGCAAAACAACACUCCUCCCGCUAUUGAUUUCACUGGGUAUAAUUCAAAAUCUGCGCCCCUUCCCCAUUACGGGCCUCCGCAAACAGAGUAUUUAAGCGUCGAUCGACAGGCACCAAACAAUGUGGCUUCUAAAAAGCGUUCCUUCGAAGAUGCCCAUUUACUCGAUACUUCUUCUAACAACUCUACUCAAUCAUCUUCUGCUCAUCUCCCACCCAUGAAACAUCCAGCACUCUCUUCCGUGUCUCAAUCCGGCCGCUUAAGCUCUAUCUCAUCCCUUCUCAAUCAUGCUGAGCAACCCUACGACCAAUCUCAUAUCGACCCAUCCCUUGGUACAUCUGCUCCGAGAAGACAUCAAGCACCGUCUCCCUACCCUCAAGCGCCAACCUCCUUACCACCAUCCUCGUCAACAAAUAUCGCCCCUGCACCUCCUUUAGGACCUGCAGCAAUCUCGGAAGAAGCGCUCAAAGCAGAACGGCGAGCUCAACUUCAAAGAGAAGCUGAGAAUAUGCGCGAGGCCCUUCGGGCUAAAGAGAGAGAGUUGGCGUCCUUGGAGCCGUAG